CCAACUACUAAUAUCGUUCUAUCAUUCUUCCAAAAUCAAAAACCCCAAGACAAACCGCCAUGUCCAAACUCACCAACUACCGUCUCCUCUCCUUCGACGUCUAUGGUACCCUAAUCGACUGGGAAACUGGCGUCUGGAACGCAAUCCAACCAACCCUAACCGCAAACAACGCGCAAAUAACACGAGAAAGCUACCUCAGGCUCUACCAGAAGCUCGAGAAAGCCCAACAAACCAAAACCCCAGGCAUGCCCUACUCACAACUUCUCUCCACAAUCCACCCGCAACUUGCCUCCCGCCUGGGCCUUAACCCGCCCACCACAGAAGAAAGCAACCAAUUCGGCGAAUCAGUCGGCCAGUGGCCUGCAUUCCCGGAUACCGUGGAGGCGCUGAAGCGUCUGUCGAAACACUACAAGCUGGUCGUGCUUUCAAAUGUGGACCGGGAGUCGUUCCAGAAGACCAACGCUGGCAGCUUGCAGGGGUUUCCAUUUGAUUUGAUUAUUACGGCGCAAGAUGUGGGAUCGUAUAAGCCUGAACUGGCUAAUUUUGAACAUAUGCUGAAGGCUGUUAAGGAUCAGUUUGGGGUCGAGGCGGAACAGGUGCUGCAGACGGCGCAGAGCCAAUUCCAUGAUCAUCAUCCUGCGAAGAAGAUGGGGCUUAAGUCUUCUUGGAUUGAAAGGCCAGGAGCUUUGAUGGGGAACUUGAAGGAUACAGUUUAUGAUUGGAAGUUUGAUACACUUGGAGGUAUGGCUGAUGCUGUUGAGAGGGGGCUGUAGACUGGUUUCUUGACCUUUGAUUUCCACCAGGGUAAGCUUCUUAAUGAUAAGAUGCCGAUCCACAUGGUCAUUCCUUCUCAAGACGAGUGUAGCGAACAGAGUAAAAUAUAGUCCAUACUUUGCUAUAUAUUUCCAUAAUACGAUAUAGUACAACCGCAACGGACGCUAUCUGAAA